CCGCUUGGCAGCUGGGAACAGCCCAUGGGCCAUUCCUUGAUCGCCAGUUGAAGAAAACGGGAACGCGAGCGCAUCGCAGCGCAAAAAAGUCGAGAAAGCAGAAUCUUGUCGAAAUGGCGCGUUGAGAGCGAAAGUCGAAAACUGAAACGUAGAAUUUGUUCAAUUUUCCUAUUCGGUGUGUGGCCAACAAUUACGUGAGAUAUAUAUUUAUAUAUACAGAAAGUAUAUAUAGAAAUAUAUAGAUCAAAAAAAUUUUGUGUGUGCAGCGUCGGACGCGUGUCAAACUUAUGCCGGGCGGACGUGAUUUCGCAGUUGCUGUCGCUGUCGCAGUCGCAGCUGACGUCGCUGUCGCCGCUGACGUUGACGUUGACGUUGACGUUGCCGUCGCGACUGCUUGAAAUGCCGGUUGGGGCAUUUGGCUGAUCCGGCUGACGGCGCCGCAUGGUUCAGUUAUUCAGUUUCAGUUGUGUUUCUGCCAGCGAGUCGAGUGACACCGAGAGAAAAAGCAAAAAAAAAUACAUCCCACAAAACGACAACGACGACAAAUAAUAAACGAGCAACAAGCAAGAAGAAAAAAACACGAAUAUAGUAGAAGCAAUUUUUAGAUUUAACUGAUUGAAGCGACGAACGCGGCGUAUGCGUAAUAACCAGACACAGACUGCAACAAAUUGAUACAACGCAAACAAACAAACAAACACACACACACAUUGUCACUCGAAUACAUUCGAAUACACUCGAAAGUAGCUUACAUAAAGAGACUUAAAGUGGUAUUAGUAAACAGUUUAACAGGCUUAAACGCGACCUAGACGAUGCCAAAUAAUCGUAAUCGUAAUCGGAAUCGUAAUCGUAACAAGCGCAAUAAGAAUCAAAACGCAAAUCAAACUAAACAGCAGGAGGAGCAACAGGAGGAGGAAAUAGAGCAGCCAGCAACGACAACUUCAUCAUCAUCAUCAUUGGCACCCGCUGACGAUCAUCAGCAUAAUGAUAAUAAUGUAAAUUCUGGCAGCAUUUCAAAUGGGUCAUCAACAGUCAGCAGCAACGAUGUUGCUGACCACAACAACAGCUCUAGCAACAACAACGCACAGCAAGUGACAAGAGCAGCGCCAGUGAAUCAGCCAGAAGAAGAUCAGCCAAAAGAUUUAGCUAAAGAGACGCAACAACAGCAACAACAACAGCAGCCAGUGAGUCAGCAACUGAUUGAUGAAAAAGCAGAGAGCAAAGCUGAGCAAGCGAUUGUAGUUGCAGCUGCAGAGCAGCCAAAGGAGUUAAAUCAGCAAAUAGAAAAUAACUCUGAAGAGCAGCUAAAGGAACUGCCAAGGGAAGAGGUGCAAAAGCAGCCAGAGGAAGCGGCACAUGAGCAGCAAGAGCAACAGCUAAAGGAAGCUACGCAAGAGCAGCCAGAGCGUCAGUCAAAAGAAGUAGCAGAAGAGCAACCAGAGCAGCAAUCAGAGGAAGUGGCACAAGAGCAGCCAAUUGCUGUGAUAAUAGAGAAGCAAGCAAUCGCUGCAAAUCAGCUAAAUAAUCAGCUCAAUAAUCAAGCUGAGCAUCAGCUGCAGCAGCAAUUAAAUCAGCAAGCUAUUGAGCAGAAAGAAAGCUGUCAAUUAAAUCAGUUGAGCAAUCAGCAGCCAGUGGAGCAACUACCACAGCAGCCAGUAGAGCACAUUGUGCCUGUGAUCCUAGAAAAGGAGUGUAAUCCAUUUGAAGUGCAGUCAGCUGCAGCUGAGCAACAGUUGCAGCAGCCAACAGUGCAUAUAGUGCCAGUGUUUGUGGAAAAGACAGAAAGCUAUACAAGUCAAAGUGCAGAACAAACUGUAGAGCAAUCAAAGGAGCAGCCAAAAGAAGAGUUAAAGCAGCAACCUGUUGUUCACUUUAUUCCUGUAACUAUUGAGCAAGAAGUGAUAACAACAAGCAGCAACAUGGGCGCCAAGCACUCGAAGCAGCAGCGUGAGCAGCAGCAGCAACAAAAGCAGUUGCCAGAACUGCAGCAACAACAAAAAGAGUUGCCGCAAGAGCAGCAACAACAGCAGCAGCAAACACCGAAAGCGCCUGGAAGUCCACGUCAAGCUAAAGUUAUAGUACAUCGCAUAGUGCGUGAAGAAGUCGAUGAAGUAGAUGGAACUCAGCAACAACAGCAGCAACAACAGCAGCAACAACAGCAACAACAGCAGCAACAACAACAGCAGCAACAACAACAGCAGCAGCAACCACAAUUACAACAGCAACAGCCAUUAGAAUUCCAACAUCAGCAUGAGCAACUGCCACAGCAACAGCCGCCGCUCGCCCCAUCACAGCAAUCACCCACACGCCAGCAACCAGCGCCAGCAACAUUGCCGCAGCAGCGUAGCACGAAGGUGAUAAUCCAUCAGAUAAGAGUGGAAACAGACGAGGAGGAACGUGCGCGCAAAGGUAAGCCCACGAUCGAAGAGAUCAGCAGCACCACAGCAACAUCAGCAGCAGGCACAGCAGCAACCACAAUGCACAGCAAUAGCAAUGGCAGCAUACCGAGCAGCGGCACUUUGUCACCACCACCCAGAUAUCUGGUCGAAUCCCCCUCACCCAAGACACCAUCACAAGUGGCACAAUUUGGCAGAUUCGCUCGCGAUGUGCAGAUCCAAGAACUCGAACUGAACAGCGAUUGCAGCUCAGGUGAAUUCAAUUUCUAUGGCAUGCAAUCGCCGGUGGUGUGUGAGGUGGACUCGGAGGUGGAAGCAGAGCCUCUGACACCACAACUGCAACCGCAACCGCAAACACCAACAACAGCUGUGGCGACAUUCUCGCCAGAUGUGCCGUCCAACAGUCGAGCGGAGCAACAGGAGCAGCUGCGUCAGAGACGCGUCCAGAAACGUGUGGCACUUGAAUCGCACUUUCUGCCGCAGCUGCUCAGUCCGCGCUAUCUGGACAGCAUACUGGAGGAGAAUAGCGAAACCACAGCCUCAGGCCAUGAGCUAGCCUUGAGUCGCAGCUCCUCCAACGAUCAAAAUCACACUCGAGCUGCUGCCAAGGCAAACGAAUCGUUUCCUCGCAGUCAACUCGAUUUCAGUCGUCGGCACAGACGUCGCGAGGAGCCGGUGGCUCUCAUGCUGGAGACAAAGCUGCUCGAUCAGCCCAGCGAUCUGGAGAGCUGCACCCGACUCCAGAGCACACUGUCACCUCAGUCUGAGGAUGCCGAACUUGUUUACCUCAGCUCCUCAGCCUCGAGCAGCGUCUCCGAUCUAAUGGAACUCGAACUGGAGCAAGCUGCCGCCUUGGCUGAACGUGCUCUCAUCGAUCUCGACACGGAUGCCAGCAAACUGAUCAAUCGACCCAACGAUCCUGACCGCUUCAGUCCAGCUACUACAGCGUCCACAACGGAACCGAUCAGCUCAGCCAAUGAAACGGAAACCGAGGGCGAAUGCGAGGUCGAAACGGAAGUGGACACGGAAACGGAGACGAACGUUCAGUCGAGUCGGGAGAGCACACCUGUUAAUGCUCAUCGAGGCAACGAAGAGCGAACAUUAUCGCCAUCGCCAGGCAGUUCGCUAUCAUCGCUGCUCAGUGCUGCGACGACGCCGACGCCAGCAGAGGCGCCAACAGCGACGCCCACGCGAGAGAGAGCAACAACAGCAGCAGCAGCAGCAACAUCGACAACAUCGGCUGAGUCCAACGAAUUUGGCCUGAACAAAUUGGCCAACAGUUCAAUUGCAGCGUCGUCGCUGUCGGCAACGCGCGAGGAAUUUGUUCGCAAUAUGGAAAAAGUGCGCGAAUUGAUCGAAAUGACGCGACGCGAAGAGGAAAACGUCGCGAGCAACGCAAGUGCUUACCACAACGGAAAUGGUAAUGAUAAUAACGUGAACGUAAACGUGAACGUGAAUGGAAACGGAAACGGAAACGGGAACGUAAACGUGAAUGAGCAACGUAGGUCAACAGUAGAAUCGCCACCGCCACCGCCUGUGCCACCGCCACCCAGCAGCAUGCACUAUCCCACUCCCACCACCCCCCCAACACAGGCAACGCACGUGCAACUCACCUCGUUGCUGUUGAAGCGUCAGGAAUCAAAUGAUUCGCAUUGCUCCGACAGCACACAGCACAGUCAAUGCACUGCCAUACACAUGGCCUCGCCACCACCCACAAACGAACCACCCACGCCCCCAAUACGCCAGCAACAGCAGCAGCAACCAUUCGCACCCCCACAGCAACUAUCCCAACAACAACAAGAACUAUCCCAACCACAGCUAACACAGCAACCAGAAUUGGAGCUUAGUGCAAUCUCACAAUUUGCAGGCGAAACGGAAGCGGAGCGUAUCAAGAAACUGCGUCUGCUAUGCACCGAGACCUUGGCCUCUAUGCCCUAUGGCGAGCAGAUGCUUGAGGAGCUCGCCAGCGUUGCCCAAAACAUAACCGAACAGCAACAACAACAGCAGCAGCAACAAAAGGAACAACAGCAACAACAAUCGAGCAACAACAUGCCUUAUCCUUUGCCACAUUUGCCGCACAUCAGCGAGUUGCAACUGUCGCUGGGCGCAGCCAAGAAUGAUGCCUGGCUGGGAUUGCCGACGCAAGCGGAUCCCAAGUUGUUGGUCUGUCUAUCGCCCGGUCAGCGUGCUUUGGUCGAGCAGCAAUCAUCAAAGCAAUCGGCGCCCGAUCAGCUGCUGGAUGCACAUGAGAAAUUCGUGCAGCGUCGCGGCUAUCACGAGUUGAGCGCUGAACAGGUUCGAGCGAUGGACAGCGAGCAACUGAAACUGGAGCAGGAGCAGAUGCUGAAAACGGCGGCGAAAAUGCGUGAAUUGCGCAAGAGUUUGACGCCGCAGCCAGAAGAGCAACCACAACAGCAACCACAACAACAAUUGUCGCCAGUGCCGCCGCCGGUGCCAGUGAAGAGCGCUGAGACCGCAGCGAAGGCAAAGAGCAACCAGGGCGAUGACGUAAGCCAGCUGAGAAGCAAUAGCAGCAGCAGCAGCUAUCAGAAGGUGAUCACAUCAGCGACAUCAUCAUUUGAAAAUAAACCGACAGCAGCUGAUCAGCAACAGCAACAGUCAGUGUCCGAAAAGUUGCCUCACUCAUUUGACCAGCGCACGUCCAGCAGCACAGAGCAACAGCAACAGACUAGAAACAGCAGCUACAUGAGCAGCAACAGCAGCAGCAACAACAAAUUCCCAGCCAGCAUGGAAAGCGAACUCGCACGCAUGUUUCCAAGCAUUGCGCAGCAAGGCGACAUCUUUGAUGAGCAACGCAAGCGUUUCUCCAACAUCGAGCAGAGCUUGAAACCUGCGCAAACAAAACGUUACUCGAACAUUGAAACGAGUUCGUUUGAGUCGAAGAAACGUGUGGAGAACGGACAAGUUGUCUACGAUUACAGCAACAGCAGCCGGGAGCACCAAGAGGAAGGCGAGAAGCCACAAGCAACAACAGCAACAGCAACAGCAAAUGGCAAAUUCCCAUUGAAGGUGCAUCAGAUCCCAGUGCGUUUGAUCGAAGAUGAGGUGGAUAAAGCGCCGCCAGUGCCACCGCCGCCGGCACCAGCAAAUAUUAUGUCAGCUACCAAAUUAAAUGGCAAGCCAAACACUUUCAUUGAUGACGCACAGCAGCAACCACAACAGCAACAGCAACAACUGAGCACUGAGAGCAACCGCAACAUCUCUCGCAGUGAGCAACAGCUCAAGGUGAACAGCAGCAGCAGCAGCAACACUUAUGAGGAAUUUCGGCAACGUGCCAAGGCAGCAAUCGAAGCAAUUGCUCAGCCAAGCAACAGCAACAACACGCAACCUUCGCAGCCGCCUUUGGACAAUGAAAAGCUGUUCAAGGACUUUGAUGCCUUGUCCCAGCAGCUCAAUGCCGAACUGCAAACAAGUCGCGUCCAACGCGAGCAACGCGACAAAUCCGCCUCGCUCUACGAUCUCAGUCGCCUGACGCAGCACACCAACAACCAGAGCCAGCAGCAUCUCGAGCAGCUGCAGCAGCGACGCCAUGCGCACAUGCAGGAGCUGGAGCGUGAAAUCGAACGCUCCGCACGCUCCCGCCAGGAGCGUCUCUCCUCGGUGCCACGCAGCAGCGAGGAGCAACAGCCUGUGGAGUAUCGUGCACGACGCGCCGAAUCGCUCUGCAAUCUGCAGCAGGAGCCGCUCCAACGUCCGCACAGCUCAGCGGAACAUUAUCGUGUGCAACCACAGCAACAGCAACAGGAUGAUUGGUCGCGUUAUGCCAGCGAUUUGGGCUACUCGGAGAACAUUGCGCGUCCGUUUGCACGCGAGGUGGAGAUUUGCUAUCAGCGGCAGCAUCAAAGGCAACCGCUGGGAAUACGCGCUCCCCGCUUGUCGAUGAGCACCAACGAUUUGUCGAGCAGUAGCUACGAUAGCUACAAUGCGUAUGGCGGAGCGCGGAGGCAUGCACCGAUGUUGCAACAGGCGCCGCAGCAACAGCGACCACAUUACGCCAGCUGCUAUUCGAUGAUCGAACGUGAUCCGAAUCCCACGUACAUCAGCACCACCUCAAGGCGUGGCGUCUCCCCCGCCCCACCGGCACCUGUCACCCCGCAGCCGCCCGCUUACGAUCGGCAGCAGAGACGCGCGAGCUUGCCACGCGAGUUGCACGAACAGCAGCUGAAGUACAUACUCAGUAAGGAGGAGGAACUGAAGCUGGAGUUUGAGCGUUUGCAGCAUGAACGCCGUCGCCUGAUGGACGAGAUGCAACGUGCCCCGACGGUGUUGCAAGCGCCGCCGCCACGUCGUGAUAGCUAUCGACCGGCGCCCAAGUUGCCCACGCUCAGCGAGGACGAAGUGUUCCGCCAGCAGAUGGCCGAGGAGUGGAUGAACAAGGUGGCGGAGCGUGAGGAGCGACGCCAGCACAAGAUCAUCAAGAUCUCAAAGAUCGAGGAUGAGCAACAGCAUGCCACCGAGGAGCAGGCGAACAUCAGCGAUGAGUUUCUCAAUCGCGUCAAGGAACGUCGGCAUAAGCUCGCAAUGCCCGCAGACAGCGAUUGGGAGAGUGGCGCCGAAUCGCAACCGAAUCUGAGCAAAUCGGGUCAGGCGGCAGGCAGCGAAUCGUCGGAUGUGGAGGCGCCAUCGAUGCGUGUACUCGAGGGUAAGGCGGAGGCAAAUCUGCGCGAGUUGCCGCGACAUUUGCGCGAGUUUGCCAAGUUCGCGAGCAGCGAGCAGCUCGAGGGCGGCCAAGGGCAUGUGGAUCGCAUGGAGGAGCAGGAGCGCAGCGAGAUGAUCACGGACAAUUCGCAUAGCAGUGCCAGCAAGAAGUCGAGCAUUGUGAAGACGUACAAGGUGUCCAGGCUGCCGCCUUCCGUACAGGCCAUAGCAAUUAAAUCCGAGAGGCCGAGACAACAGCAACAAGAGCAAGAGCAACAAAAGCAGCAGCAGCGACAGCCGCAGCCGCAGCCGCAACCUCAGCCGCAGUCAGCAGCGAUGCCAACGAUGACGCCAGCGAUGACUGCGAAAUUGCGUAUACGACCCCAGAAACAGACGCGAUUUCUGCUAUCACCGCAGCAGCUGCAGCGACAGAGACAGCGACGCAGCUGGUCGGAGAGUGAUCUGCUCAAGGAGAUCGACAACGAGCUGCAGCUGGCCAAGGGCUUUCUCUUUGCCAACGAACACACACAAAACACAACAAUGUUUGCGCCCAAAUUCAAAGCACGCGCACCAACUGGCUCAGGCGUCUGGACACCCAAAAGUCAAACACCGCACGGCUCCAGCAACGAUCUGGCCAACAGCUGCUCCUCGGCAGCCCCCACACCACCGCCACCCCCCUCACAGCCCGUGUGGACGCCACAGCCAUCGCCAGCGCUCAGCGGACGCAAGGAGUUUCGCCCCGUGCGUUUCGAGUCGCCCACCUUGCCACGUCGCUACACGGCACUGCAACAGCAACAAGAACAGCAGCAGCAGCAGCAACCACAGACGACGACAAUACCACCGUGGUCAUAUACAAACGGAGCCACAACCACAACUCUGAGCUCCAACAACUCGGAUUACGCCGAAACCGAUUGUUCCACUCAGUUUGGCCCAGUGGCGCCCUCUGCCAGCGUCUCCGAUAAGAUCAAAACAUUUGAACGCUCUGCUUCCACAUCGGAGUUGAACAGGCCGUUUGUGCGUCGUCAGCUGUCAGACAAUAGCCGAGCUGUUUACAGGCCCAAUGAAGUCAUCUACAAAGUCAAGCACGAGUAUUUGAGCGAACCGGAAACGGAAUACGAUCGUCCGCGCAAAAUGGCGCAAUUAGGUCGACGGCAAUACGAAGGCAUCGGUCCGGUGACCAACGAUGGAAUGCCCAUAAUACUUAGAUCGGAGGUCCAGGAACCGCAUCAGCAUGAAUGGUACAAGCGACUGUAUCAGACCAUACAUAAGCAGAAGAAUGGCGACGAUUACGUGAUACGCUACAAGUGUCCCAGAGCUCGUCCAUCGUAUAAGAGCAAUGGUUAUGUGUCUGAACCUGAACCCAACUACGAUUCCGAUUACUCAACUCUAAAGUAUCGCACACCGAAUCCGCUACGUGUGCAGUCUGUAUCCUCGGCUGUCAAUGUGCGCAAUCUAAAUCAGGACGAUAAAUUGUAUGGUACUAUGCCCAAUCCGAUAAAAUCGGCAUCGAAUUCAUACAAAAAUCAACCCGGUCGCAUUGAGAACUACACAACUGGACAUUCGUCUGUGUCGGAGAAGGAGAAGAAGGAGAACUUGGAACAAUCAAAACUAUCGCCGCUCUACACUGAAGGCAAUCUAUCCAGAGCUCUGGCUAAAGAGUCUGGCUAUACUAGCGAUUCCAAUCUAGUCUUCCGCAAAAAGGAACUGCCGGUGAGCAGUCCUUUGAGUCCCGUGGAGCAGCGUCAAGCCUACAAGAGUCUGCAAGCGGGUGGAGAGCCGCCUCUGCUGGGCUUCCGUAAGCCAGCGCCUGAGAAACCCAAAGAAAUUGUGGAAGAAUUUGAAUUCAUACAGAUAACGCCGACGUUAACGAAGAUACGCGUGAGCACAAAACCCUUGGAGGAAGAAGAAGAGCAGCAACAAGAAACAACUCCGAAGUUUAUCCCUCCACCACCACCUCCACCGCCUCCUCCUCCGCCGCCGCCUACCAACAACAACAACGCCAUGUUCUCCCAUUUCUCCAAGAAUCUGCCCUCGUUUAUACCGCUGAGCAAGAAGCAGCAACAGCAGCAGCAACUUGUCCAGGAGGCGCCUCCUUUGCCACCCAAUCGUCGCUCCUCCUGCACCAAGAGCACUGUCAAGGUCUCCAGCAGCUGCUCCAAGUCGCGUCAUGAUCAAUGCUUUCAACCACCUGGAGGAAACUCCAACAGCAACUCGAUUACCUUGAGGAAAGUCAGCAGCUCGCGUCGCGAACCCAUCUGUCGCUCCAAGUCCGCUGGCGCGGUGUCCACUCUGCUGGCCACUUUGACCGCCACCAAGGAGACGCGCAGCAAGGAUGGUUGCCUGAUGCGAGUGCAACAUCUGCAGCAGCAGCAUCAGCAUCACGCUCGCCUCCGUUCCGUCAGUCCAAGUCGGCGUCCCGCUCGGCUGUUGGCGUUGCGCCACUCGAGUCGCAGUCCGGUGGCCUUUGGUCGUAGCAUCUCGAAGGAGCGCAGCUUUGCCGAGGAGAAGAAGCGACUGGAGAACACGCUGCCCGCCAAUCGCACCAACUUCGAGGCCAGCACGAACAUACUGCGUGAUCCGUCGCUGAAGUCCCCGCAGGAAGUCCGCGAAGCUGUGCGUUCGUAUGCCACCUGCAAGGCGCAACAUACGCGCAGCAAGAGCUUGCCACGCUUGCGGCAGAGCACCGUGAGCACUACCACACGCCACACCAUGUGCUUUCCCCAGGUGCGUCCACAGAAUCUGCUCGACUGCAGUCGCUCGCUGAAGAAGGUUCUACCGAAGAGUGGCAGCAACAAGUUGCAGACAACACCGGGACAGGGGCAACUGGUCAAGGCCAUUGCCACCGUGCAUCGCAGCGCCUCCAACGAUAGUUUGCCACGCAGCAACUCCACCUACUCCAUUGAUUCGAUGGUGCGGCAUGAAUACGUGGUGCCAGUGGCGCCACCCAAGACCUAUGUGGGCAAAGCGAAGCCGGCGCUGCAAACAAGCCGCAGCGAGGGGCAUGUGCCGCGCAAACGUGCCACAACUAGCACAGCAAGCAAGGCGAAACCAAAGGCUAAGCAGACGCUACCUAAGCAAGCUUACAGUGAGAGCGUUCGCGAGAAAACCAACUUCUGGAACGAUUACAAUGCGAAGCAGGCAACGCAGAUGCCACACUCGCUGCCACAGGCAACAAAUAUCAGCAGCAGCGAUUACAAAUACUGCUCGUUGCAUGAGCCGCCUUACGGUGAGGACACUUACGACUAUUCAGCGCAGCAGGCUCAGGCUGUGUUGCAACAGCAGCAAACUCCGAGUUGCAUUGAGGAUCUCGUCUGGCAGUAUGAGAACAAGGGACAGCACAGCAUUCGUCCCGUUCCUGUUACGGACAUUGCGCGUCCGCAAUCCCCGCAAGGUGAACCUCAGCUGGGACAACGUCGCUUCUCCCCGACACGCGAAGUACGUGUGCCACAAACGCCGCAACGUGAGGUGCGUUCCCCAUCGCGUCGUCGCAUCGACAGUCUGCGAUCGAGUCAGCGCCAGGACAAGGAUCAACAGCAAGUGGCGCGCGCCAGCAGCCUGAGCAGCGCCGACGAUCGCAGCAAGCGACAGGCGCAGGUGGCAGCCACAGGGAGUCUCUAUCAAUGCGGAGAGUUGGCGCACAGUGCCACCUCCUUGACUUACCUGGAGCGACAUAGUCCGAGUUGCCGCUAUCGCAACAAUUGCGAACGCUUCACCGAGCUGAAUCGUUUCUACAGCACCCUGGAGCGCGUGGGGCAACUGGAACGUGCCACAUCUGCCAGCAACUUUCAUCCGUUGCGGAAGGACGCCGAGUUGCUCGACUUUGACGAGUGGCGCAAGGUGCGACUGCAUGAGCGUGCGGAGAAGGAGCUGCAGUAUCUUGUGGGCAAGCUACAGGAUGAUCAGCGGGACCGCGAUUUGCACUAUCGUUCAAAGGAUGUGAGCGCCAUCAAGUGGCGCCACGAGGCGGAUCAGGCGCUGCAUGCCAAGCAAAAGUCUGUGGAGGAUUUGCGCGAGAACUUUGAGCAGCUGCAGCUGCUGAAGCAACAGCGUGAGGAGGCGGCACAACUGCCGCCGGUGCAGCGACAAUGGCGCCGCAACACGGUGGCGGACCUGGCCAGCAGCCUGGAGGGGAGAGAAGUGAAGGAAUCGAGGGAGCCGAGGGAAUCUAGAGAGCCUAGGGAAUCAAGGGAGCCGCGUGACUCUCAUCCUGAGCGCCAUCUCAGCAACGAUCUCGUCAGCACACUGUCCAAGGAUCAGAUCAAGAAAAUUACCCAACAACUAAACGAAAUCUAUGCGGGUAAUCGCAAACCCGCCGUCGAGGAGCAAUUUGUGGUCACCGUGGAGAAGGGUUCGAAGCCCAGCAGUCAUGCCAACACUCUCAAGGUGCGCUGCAACUCCAGCAUAACCAAAGAACAGUUGCUGGGUCCCGUUCUACGUAAGCGUGAGGAGCAACAACCGCAAACACUACCACGUGCCACACGCAGUCAAUCGCCCGUGGUGGUAGCCAGAGAAACACGCGGCGCCAUUGCGGCCAAAAACGCAGAGCUGACGUUGACUAAAGCACCCGAGGUGCCACCGCGUCCCAAGCCCAAGAGUGAACCCAAGCCUGUCAAGGUAGAGCCAGUGGAGGACUCUUCCCAGCUGGACAAGGACAAUCCCAUCAAUCAAAAGAUUCAAUACUUUGAGGAUCGUCAGUUCGAGGAGCCGCCCAAGACAAUUUACCAUGCACGCGAGGACAGCUCCCCCGACGAGGCGGAGGUGAUGCGUCUCAUCGAGCAGAACAUGCAGGCGCGACAGCAGGCGAGGCACACAUCAACUCAAGUGACCCACACGGAGUUGAGCAACUCGCUCACCGAUCUGAGCGGCAUCUUUGGCGAACGCAGCGCGGCACGUGUAAAUUUUCACUUGCACAGCCCGCCCGAUCGUCCACCCGAAGAAGACAACGAAGGGAACACUCGACCGGAUCACGAGCUGCUCAGCUACGCGCCUGGUUCGCCCGCUGGCAGUCUUGAGCUCUACGACGCUUACUAUCGAUCGCGUAGCUUGUCGCCGCAAUCCCAGAUCUCGGCAUGCUCCAGUUCGUACUUGCAACGUGUAUACACCGGCGAGGUGCAGAAGAUCAAGCAGAAGUUCGAGAGCAUUCAGCGGGAUCAAUCCAAUGAGAGGCGUGAUUUUUUUGGGCUUAGCACGCUGCGGAAGGCGCGCAGCGAUCCUGAAUUUCAGGCAGGAUCCAAAGACGCCUUGGCAACUGCCACGGAUGCGUUGCCCCGAGACGACGACGUCAGUCAACUGACGCACAAAUUCGAACGACGUGGCGCCACGCCAUCCCCAGAGCGUGGCAGGCGACGGCAACGUGGCCUGUUGAUGCCACACAUCGACAUCAUCAGCAAGACGGCAGCGCUGAAGCGUGAGCUCUUGCCACGUGGCAGCCCCACGCGCAGUCACAGCAGCAACAGCUGUGCCACCGGAGGGCAAGUGCAGAGUCUGCGCAGUCGCUACGAAUCCUCGCCAGAGUUGCCACCGCGUUACUUGUCCACCUCGCUGGCAGAUCUGCGCGAUGUGCACGACAUUUCGCCACAUCUAAGCGGCGAUUGGGUGGCACACAAGCAUCCGCAACGCACACCAGCAUUGCCACGCAAGCCACAACGCAGUGGAGCUGCUGCAAGUGGUGCAGGUGGUGCAAUGUUGCGUGCCAGCAGCACUUCUCCCAUAAGACCUCCGAAGUCCCAGCGACAUGCGCAGACCAACUUUGGAGACAUCUUUGCCAACCAAAAGUUCGAUCCGCAGAUGCAUCGACCCAAGGCACGUUAUGUGCCCGACGGAGCCGAUGCCAGUAGCACCACAGCAACCACCACAGCAACUAGCACAGCAGUCAACACAGCAACAACAGCAAAGCGCGCUGGCGGUGUCAACACUUUGGAGCGUCUCAAACGCAGCAUGGCUGUCACAUUCAAAGACGUGAAUGUUCACUUCAAGACACCGUUGAGGCAUGAGUAUAAGCAGAACUUAUCGGAAGAGGAAUUAGCCAUACGACAAGCGGAGCAUAUGCAGAAAUUGUAUCAGGAGGAGCGCAGACGCAAGUAUCUACAGGAGCUGCAGGACAUGAAUUCGCGACGACACACCGACAAUUUCACACCCUCACAGAAAUCACCGAUUGCUCUCAAUCGCUACGAUGAUUUCCCCACAGACGUGACCCUCAAAUCUCUUGUGGGUCCCAAGACCGUUGCCCGGGCACUCUACAAUUUCCAGGGACAGAGCUCUAAGGAACUCUCGUUCCGCAAAGGCGACGUCAUCUACAUUCGACGACAGAUCGAUCCCAAUUGGUACGAGGGCGAACACAAUGCGAUGAUUGGACUGCUGCCCGCCAGCUACGUCGAGAUUGUUAGUCGCGAUGGCGCUCGCACACCUUCCAAGCGUCCAUCGGAGGGCCAAGCGCGUGCCAAGUACAACUUCCAGGCUCAGUCCGGUGUCGAGUUGUCCCUCAACAAGGGAGAGCUGGUCACACUGACACGACGAGUCGACGGCAACUGGUUCGAGGGCAAAAUCGCCAAUCGCAAGGGCAUUUUCCCAGUCUCCUAUGUGGAAGUGCUAACUGAUAUUGGAGCCGAGGACAUUGCGGCUAGAACGACAACGGUCAUCAGCAGUCAGAGCACGACAAAUCUGCGUCCCAAUUUGGACGUGCUGCGCACAAAUAUCAACAACGAGUUUAACACGCUGACACAGAAUGGAUCCCAGCCACCCAAUGGAAUACUCAAGGACACCCGGACGCUGCACAAGACAGAUGCGUUGCAUGUGGACACAAGUUCCGAGCCAUUGACUUAUCGCGCACUCUACAAGUAUCGGCCACAGAACUCCGAUGAGCUGGAGCUCUUUGAGGGAGAUCUGGUUCAUGUGCUGGAGAAGUGCGAUGAUGGUUGGUUUGUGGGCACAUCACAGCGCACCGGCUGCUUUGGCACAUUCCCCGGCAACUAUGUGGAACGUGCUUAGACCGAAACCCAAAAAAUCGAUCGAAAAGAUCCUCUGGAGAACCGUUAAGAUAUUUGUUUUGUUUUGACCCCAAAAAAGAAGAGAUGAAGUUUUAAAGCCUAAUCGUAAUGAAUUUGUAGUCUAAUAACUUGCAGCGCAGUCGAGGCAUUAGCAAUUAUCAAUUAUUUAUUGUUGAGCUCUUGCGUUCAAUGAUAAUCAUAAUAAUUAUUUUAAUUGUUGUUCACUUUUGCCGAUUGCCGCCGUCUGCCGAGGAUGUGUUUUCUCUUUAAUUUAAAUAAUGUACAACUAUUUAUUUAAUUUUAAAGAACAUGUUGAAAUUAUGUUUAUUUAUAAAACCAAAAAAAAAAAGUAUAUCUAUUAUUAACCAGAAGUUUUUCCACACACACACACACACACACAAACACA